GCCAUCGCUUCAACUUCGUUCUGGCUCCACAUGUUCGUCGACAUCACUUCUUGACCUUGGCUGAGCCCAGGUACAUGUUUUAAUCGCCUUGUCAUCGGUUCCUUGGCGAGCUCCGCUUUUCCUCUCGCGAGUUCUCCAUUGACUGGCAAGCGGCUCAGAGGAGGAUAGAGAGUUCGCAGGUGGUGUGCCCGGAGAGUUCGGGAGCGAUUCGGUUUCAACGCUUCUGGUAAUCUUUGGACCGUUCGAAGUGACAAUAGAGAGGCGUUCUCGCUCUCAAGCAUGGGGGAAGCUCCUACCCCAACGCAUGAGGGAAUCAGAAGAGUGUGGCGGUUUUYGUGGUGGUUCAUCUUCUCCAUCAGUCUGUUGUUAUUUAUCAUCAGCGUGGGUAUCAACAACUGUCCGAAGCAUCACCCAACGAGGCCGUGUGCGAUGCGAUGGCUGGGGACGUUUUCGUUCCAGAAUUUGAAGGAAAACCCGCUUCUUGGACCAGGCUCUCGAGCUCUGGUUCGAAUGGGAGCAUUGGACCCUCGCCGUACAUCCAGGAAGCGCCAAGAGUGGAGACUGUUUACGUGCCUCUGGCUGCAUGCCGGACUCUUUCACCUGAUUGUAACUUUAUUAGGCCUCAUCUUCGUCGGAGCCCGGUUGGAAUGGAAUUGCGGCACAUUGACAGUCGCUGGUGUGUACAUCGCCUCUGGUAUUGGAGGCGCUUUAUGGUCGGCCCUGCUGCUCGUUCCGGCAAACAUUUCCGUGGGAGGGUCGUUCCCCUUGUUUGGAUUGAUUGGAAUGACUUGUGCAGAUCUUGCUAUCAACGGUUCAGAAUACAUUAACAAGGCCACAGCGGGAGUCACGUUGGGCCUUGUCGCCGCGAUCGAACUCAUUUUCGGCCUUAUGCCUUUUGUCGAUAACUGGGGACAUAUCGGUGCCUUCAUCACCGGUCUUGUUCUUGGUUACUUGAUAUUAAUCAAGCCAUUGCCAUCCUACAGCGAAGSGUGCCAACAAGCUGAUGAAGAUCCUCUCGUUAAGGGUGGAAUCGAUCUGAGACCAAAGCAUCGUCUCACGCCUGUUGCGGAGGUUCUUCGUGUGCUGUGCUACGUCAUCCUCAUUCUUGGGUUCACUAUCGCCAUCGUCGCCCUCUUCUCUGGCGCCGAUCACAAGAAACAUUGCAAAUGGUGUCGGUAUCUGAACUGCGUUAACACGAGGGCCUGGAAGUGCCCUGCAGUGGGAGGCUAUUCGAUUCCUCCCGAGUCCAAGCCCUUGCCCACGAAACUUGUAUGUCUGGUGAGGAAGCGCAACGACAACAUAGGAUGGAUGAUCUGCAAGAACGGGUCGAUGCAGGAACUUGGUGACCUGUCGACGAGAUCGCAGGAGUGGUUGCGCCAGCAGUGUUCUCGCAUCUGUGGAUAAGUCCGCGGAGGUCGUACAAGUGCGUUAUUAUUAUUUGUGUCUGAAGAUUGUGGUAGCUCAUAAAAGCUGCAGCGGCGUUUCCUUCGCGUCUGUAACGAGAGCAGUUGUUUUCGCGUGUACAAUGAACGAAAUUCGACCAUUUGGUGGGGGAGACUCGGGAGAGUUUGCCAGGAAGGCAAGCAUGUACAGGGUUUUGCGCUUGAUGCGGGUGUGCGGGAGCGGUUAGGUGCCAUAGUUUUCGACGAGGAGAUGACGGCAAGAGGAGAAUCUGCAGAGUGGAAAUGCAAUCUUGUCGGACGCGGUUCGACGGAUCAGGAUCCCGGCAAAUAGGUCGUGAGGAGGUUGUGAAAUGGCGGGGUCGAUGUGAUGAAUCGUGUGAGUUGACGUUUUUCAUAAGUUGGCCGUUUACGAUUUCUUCUUUAGGCGUUCUUUUCGUGAAUGUGGGGGCUCUGCAGGUUCCAUAUGAGUGUAGGUCGGUGCUUGAGGCGGUGGCUUCUGAAAAAGGCGAUCCAGGCUUUUUAAAGAAGGGAUCUCGGCUUUCCAAACAGGGGAUCCCGGCUUCCUAAAGAGGGGAUCCCGGCUUCGAGAGGUGAAUGUGAAAGAGUAGAAGGCUUUCUAAAGAGGGGAUCCCGUCUUCCUAAAGAGGGGAUCCCGGCUUCGAGAGGUGAGUGUUUGAAAGAGUAGAAGUGUAACGGUGUCGAAGGCGGGUCCGUGGGAAUCGUUGCCCGGCAAGUAUGUUGUGAUAAGGAUGGUGUGAAAUGGCGGGGUUGAGGAGAAGAAUGGUUAGUUGAUUUUUUUUUUUUAUUAUUAUUUUUUUUUACGUUGGCUGGUAAUGAUGAUUUAUCCUUCAGAAGUUCUAUUCGUGAAUGCGGGGAUGCUUCAGGCUAUAUGUGACUGUAGAUCGUUCACUCUCUUGAUGUAUUUAGUCGGACUUUUUCGCCGAGAUUCGCAGGGGAGUAACUCAGGUUAUAGAUGCAUUUCUUUCUUUAGACGAGGACUUCUUUGCUCGAGUUCUGAAUGCUCGUCCUGUGCGGAAAUGAUCUCAGAUUCGACCAUCGAAUAGAUCUUUUCCGGCAUCCAGAGUUUGCUGCCAGAGGAUGCGAUUAUAGCGUUAUGUUAUUUUUUUCUGCUUACUUGAUUCUUUGUUUCUUCUGGGGCAUCUUUUCGAGUGUAGUAUUUGUUUUUUCGAAGCAAUGACGUUGAUUAGUGCUCUCCAAGCUCUGAAGUAAAUUGUGUAUUCUUGC